GGCGCAGACUCUCCAACAACACUUAUGAAGACUGACAUUUAUCAGUUAGGCAUAAAAAAAAGUAACAUAACUACGCUACUUAAUCCGCUUCCCUCCCUUGAUUCGUUUACUCUGGCUGCGUACAGCUCCUGUACACUAGUGAAACGAGAAAGUAUUAGGACCUAAGUAAAAACUAUGUCUGAUACAGACAAGUCGAGACGGAUUAAAGACCUAGAUGCAUUUUUGGAAGAAAGUCUUCGCGAAAAACAACCCGAGGAAGUUAAAGAAUUUUAUGAAUCAUGGGCAAAUACGUAUGACGAGGAAGUAUCCCUCUUCAAUUAUAAUGGACCAAAGUUAAUGGCUAAAGAAUUUGCAAAGUUGAAUGUACCAAAAAAUGUUGAAGUCAUAGAUAUAGCAGCUGGAACAGGUGCUUUGGGCGAGGAGCUUAAAGCCUUAGGUUACACCUGCAUUGAUGCUUUAGAUGGAACUAAAGGUAUGCUGGAAGUUGCAAGAAAGAAAAAUAUCUACAGGAAUUUAUUUCAGUUCCUUUUCGGUUGUGACGACAAAUCACCAAUAACUAACGGUACUUACGACUUAGCUGUUUCAUGUGGAGGAAUUGGUCCAGGACAUAUUCCAUACAGUGCUUUUCAUGACAUUCUAGCCAUGGUAAAACAAGGAGGCUUAGUCUGUUGGUUAACGGUCAACCCCAAAGAAGGAGAAGAGAAGGAAACAUUCAACAGUGUAAUAACCGAGUUAAAGGACAGUGGGAAGUGGGAAGCUGUGCAAGAUCCGGUUCGUGUAGAGGAGUUUUAUAAAAAGGAGUUUGCGUUAUUUUACGUAAUGAAAAAACUGUAAUCUUUGCAAAAAAAUGAUAAAAUGUUAUUUUGCACUAUGUGAAAAAUAACUCAAUUAUCACAUACUAUUAACAUUUGUCUAUUAAAUGUAGCAAAUCAAUAGUAUUAGAACUUACAGUGAAAUAAAACGUCUGUGUAAAUUUA